GCGCAGUACGGGGCCAGUAGAGGAAUGUAACGCUGCGCGCUUGCGCACUGCUCUUUUCGGAGGGGAAGCGGUUUGGUGCCCAGCACUGCACAGCUGCCGCUCAAUUUAAAGAGACAGACAUAAUUUUCAUUAACUAAUUUUAGCGCUCAAACGCACGCCCGCGCCUUCAUUGUCUUAAACUUUUUAACGGAGGUCAUGCAUGUAGAGAUGUUUAUUAAAUAUAGCUUUUUAAGUUAAGUGUCGUGGCUGAUCCGAGUCCAAGAUUUCGUAUGAUUUAGGGACAAUGGCGAAAAUUCAAGCUCAUCUACAGCAAAUAAGCCAACUCCAGGAGCAGGCCUACGUGGUACAAAAACAAGUGCAGCAGCAACACUUCCAAAAACUGAAGGUGGAAGAUGCUUUGUCCUAUCUGGACCAGGUUAAAAUCCGAUUUGGAAAUGAUCCUGGGAUAUACAAUAAGUUUCUUGACAUAAUGAAAGAGUUCAAGUCACAGAGCAUCGACACACCCGGUGUGAUCAGCCGAGUUUCUCAGCUAUUCCACGGGCAUCCCGACCUUGUGCUGGGAUUCAAUGCCUUCCUCCCUCCAGGAUAUCGGAUUGAAAUUCCCAAGAACGGAGUCGUCUCUCUGCAGUCUCCUCUGUCAGCCCAGGUGUCUCCUAGUCCUGUAAAGAAUGCUGCUGCUGCUGCCCCUGUUCUGUCUGCCGCAGCUUCCACCCUCAACGACACCGCCUGCAGCCACAGCGAGGGGACCAACUCCGUGUGCAGCCCUACAGAAUACCAGCGGAAGCUCACCUCCCCUCCCCUUAGCAAGGAGAAGGAGAGCCAGCCCCCACCCCCAACACUGCCUCUCCCCCAGCCCAGCGCCACAUCUCCCAGUCCAGACCCCAGCCCCAUCGAGUUUGACAGUGCCAUCAGUUACGUCAAUAAAAUCAAGAACCGCUUUCUCGACCACCCCGAAAUAUACAGGUCUUUUCUGGAGAUACUCCACACCUACCAGAAAGAACAGUUAGAUGUGAAGGAGUCCAAGGGAAGAGCUGGCAGUGGAAUGACAGAGGAUGGGGUUUUCUCUAAAGUAGCCAGUCUCUUUAAAGGACAAGAGGACUUGCUCUCAGAGUUCGGACAGUUCCUCCCUGACGCUAAACGAUCCCUGUUUACUGGGAGCGGGUUGACAGGAAAAGAUCACUUCAAGAAAAUGGAAGAGGGAGAAGACAUUUCGAAACACAGUAGAAAGAGAGUUCGACCAAUGCUGAUGCCUCAGGUUAAGAAAAAAAUGAAGCUGUGUACAAAAGAGCAGUCGUGUGCGUCUGCUGGAAAACACGGUGUUCUCCGGGAGUUCACUUUCUUUGACAAGGUGCGGAGGUUAUUUAAGAGCCAGGAAGUGUAUGAGAACUUUCUGCGCUGCAUUGCCCUCUUUAACCAGGAGGUGGUGUCUGGGGCUGAGCUCCUGCAGCUUGUAACUCCGUUCCUGGGUAAAUUCCCUGAACUCUUUGCUCAGUUCAAAUCUUUCCUGGGUGAUAAAGAGCUUUCACAUGCGCCGACCCUUCUGGCCGAUCGCUACACAGAGGGCAAUGGCAGAGACAUUGAUUAUGCUUCCUGUAAAAGACUGGGCUCCAGUUACAGGGCUCUGCCAAAAACCUACCAGCAGCCAAAAUGCACAGGCAGGACUGCAAUCUGCAAAGAGGUAUUAAACGACACCUGGGUUUCUUUCCCCUCCUGGUCUGAAGAUUCAACAUUUGUGAGCUCGAAGAAAACCCCGUACGAGGAGCAGCUGCACCGCUGUGAAGAUGAGCGCUUUGAGCUGGACGUGGUGUUAGAGACCAAUCUUGCCACGAUCCGUGUUUUGGAAAGUGUUCAGAAGAAACUGUCCCGCCUGUCCCCGGAGGACCAGGAGAAGUUCCGCUUGGACGAGUGCCUGGGCGGGACGUCUGAGGGGAUCCACCGCAGAGCCGUGUACCGGAUCUACGGGGACAAGGCCUCGGAGAUCAUAGAGGGGCUGAAGAAGAACCCCGCCAAUGCAGUGCCUGUGGUACUGAAGAGAUUGAAGGCGAAGGAGGAGGAGUGGCGAGAGGCUCAGCAGGGCUUCAAUAAGAUCUGGCGUGAGCAGUACGAGAAAGCGUACCUCAAAUCCCUAGACCACCAGGGAGUCCAUUUCAAACAGAACGACAUCAAGGCUCUCCGCUCCAAAAGUUUACUCAAUGAAAUUGAAAGCGUGUAUGACGAGCGGCAGGAGCAGAGCGCAGAGGAGGGCAGCCUGACCAGCAGCGAGCCGCACAUGGUCUAUCUGUAUGAGGACAAGCAAAUCCUGGAGGACGCGGCUGCCCUCAUCAUCUACCACGUGAAGCGCCAGCCCACCAUCCAGAAAGAAGACAAGGACCACAUCAAGAGGAUCCUGCAGCACUUCGUCCCUGACCUCUUCUUCUCCAAGCGGGGCGAGCUCAGCGAGUCGGAGGACUCCACCGAUGAGGAGCUCGAGAGCCAGGACCCGGCCAGGGGGCCCGAGCUGAACGGAGAGCCCAGGAGGAGGCGCUGCGGCUCUCCUCGCAGCACCAGCGCCUUCGGGGGGGAGAAGCUGGACCUGCGAGACAGCGAGGCGGAGCAUCAGAAGAACAUGGAUGGUGUCUACAAUCUAAUCUUCAUGAACAACAACUGGUACUUUUUCCUGCGGCUGCACCAGAUCCUGUGCUCGCGGCUGCUCCGGGUGUACCAGCAGGCAGAGAGGCAGCUCCUGCAGCACCGCGCCGACAAGGAGAGGGAGAAGGAGCUGGCAGAUGGGCGCAAGGAGAAGAUCAGCGACCUGGCCAUGGAGCUGAGACUCAAGCAGCCAAGUGAGGUGGAGCUGGAGGAGUACUACCCUGCCUUCCUGCACAUGGUGCGCAGCCUGCUCGAUGGGAAUCUCGACUCCAUGCAGUAUGAAGACACUCUGCGGGAGAUGUUCACCAUCCACGCCUACGUGGGGUUCACCAUCGAUAAGCUUAUACACAACAUCAUCCGGCAGCUGCAGCACUUGGUGAGCGAUGACGUGUGCCUGCAGGUGGUCGAGCUGUAUCUGAGCGAGCGGAGACGAGGGGCGGCUGGGGGAAGCCUCACGUCUCAGUGUGUGCGCGCAGGCUGGGAGACCAGCUACCAGUGGAAAGCAGAGCGCACUAUGGCAGAUGAGAACUGUUUCAAGGUGAUGUUUAUGCAGAGUAAAGGCCAGGUAACCAUGACGAUUGAACUGCUCGACACCGAGGAGUCCCAGACAGACGACCCUCUUGAUGUGCAGCACUUAGCAAGUUACAUGGAGCAGUAUGUGGGUGCCGAAGCAGCCCAGUGUCACCACAUGGAAGGAUUCUACUUCAAACCUGUCUUUCUACCAAGAAAUCUUCGGAAGUUCAGGAAGUGGCAGAUUAAACAGAUCACUGCGAUGAAGAGCAGGAGGGCCUGGCGGCUGGGUCUGGGGGUGGAGAGUGCCAGCAAUCUGGACUGCAGGUUCAAACUGAACACACACAAAAUGGUGUUCGUUAUGAACUCGGAGGACUACAUGUACAGACGAGGAGCCCUGGUGAAAGCCAGAAAGUCCCAGUACAUGGUUGCACAGACCCAACACCAGCGUUUCGGAGAGUGGCAUCAGAAGUGGCUGUCCCAGAACGUGACUGGCGAGAUGGACACCAUGGUACAGGACUGGUUAAUGGGGGAAGAGGAAGAGGAAAUGGUUCCAUGCAAAACCACGCGUGAGACUGUGCAUGUCAAUGGGAUCCCAGUACACAGAUACCAGGUGGACUACAGCAAGCAGCCCCCUUCACCGUGAACAGCGCCAGCUAAACCGACCCAUCUGAAAACUAUAUUGACUCUCAGUAUUGCAAAGCAGAACAACAGAACUGGUCACAGCGAGUGCAUAUCUCCUUUUUAAGUAUAAAUGUAGUUUUUAGCUCUCACAAGAGUAUUUUGUUUAUAUUUGUAUAUGUUUAUACUGAUGAGUACAAUCCAUGUCUGUUUUGUACAGUAUACUCUUAAUCCAAGCAUCUAUACAGCAUGCUUGCAAACUGAAUGAAAUCUAUCUAUCUAUUGUCAGGAAGAAACCGUCUUCUUAAAGCAUACAUGUUUUGUUACUGUUUAGAUUGUCUGUGCAUUGUAUAUGAUUACUUUAAGAGUUAAUUGAAUUUUUUUACAGCUCCUGUGUUGCCUCCCUGUUUAUGUAUUAUAUCUCAAAGGUCAUCUUGAUAUUCCUUCACUGAAGUAUAUUGUAAUUUUUUUUUUCCCAUAUUAAAAUCAGUGUUUGAACAGAAUGUAAGGCAUUUCCCUUUAAGUAGAAAAAUGAUCAUUAAAUAAAUCUUCAUUUUCAUGA